CACGCAUCGGCGAGCUGUCAAAAAUUUGUUUUGUUUGCAAGCCGCUUCUCUGCUCGUGCAGCCGCGUCUUUCCUCGAUUUGACCAAUUUUUACCGCAUAAUUACGACCAAUUUGCCUAGCAAUCGUUACCUCAAAGGUCCCCGCACGUAAUUCAAGCACUGACAAACGCGACCCACAAACAUGGCGGCUCAAAUCGCAGGAGUGUUCGAGCCGAGUCUGCAGGAGAAAAUUUCCAACUCGAAAAUUUUGGUCGUCGGUGCGGGUGGAAUCGGCUGCGAGAUCCUGAAAAAUCUGGUUUUGUCAGGGUUUCAGGACAUUGAAAUUAUCGAUUUGGACACGAUCGACGUGAGCAACCUGAACCGGCAGUUUCUGUUCCACAAGGAGCACGUCGGCAAGUCGAAGGCCAAUGUGGCCCGCGAGAGCGCCCUCAGCUUCAACCCGAACGUCAAGAUUAAGGCGUAUCACGACAGUAUUACAACCACCAACUACGGCGUGAGCUUCUUCCAGCAGUUCCAACUGGUGUUGAAUGCGCUGGACAACCGCGCCGCCCGGAACCACGUGAACCGGCUCUGCCUGACGGCGGACGUGCCGCUGAUCGAGUCCGGCACGGCCGGCUACAACGGCCAGGUCGAGCUGAUCAAGCGCGGGCAGACGCAGUGCUACGAGUGCACACCGAAGGCGGCGCAAAAGUCCUUCCCCGGGUGCACCAUCCGGAACACGCCGUCGGAGCCGAUCCACUGCAUCGUGUGGGCGAAGCAUCUCUUCAAUCAACUGUUUGGCGAGAGCAACGAAGAUGAGGACGUUUCGCCGGACACGGCCGAUCCGGAGGCUGGAGCAGAAGCCGGAGAGAGUGCCCUGGCGGCGGAUGCCAACGAAAAGGGCAACGUAGAUCGCGUCAACACGCGCACCUGGGCUGCGCAGUGCGGCUACGAUCCGGAAAAGAUAUUCAACAAGCUGUUCUACGACGAUAUAAACUAUCUGCUGAGUAUGUCCAACCUGUGGAAGAGUCGCACGCCGCCGAAUCCGGCAAAGUGGGACGCACUGGAAGAGGACGGCGAAGCUGCCGCCCCUACCGAUACGGUGCUGCGUGACCAGAAGGUGCUCAGCCUGACGGAAUCCGCAAAGGUCUUUGGAGACGCGAUCGGAGUCCUGAAGGACGCCUUCGGCAAGCUGCCCGACGGUGACCAUCUCGUCUGGGACAAGGACGACAAGUACGCGAUGGACUUUGUCGCGGCCUGCGCCAACAUUCGAGCGCAGAUCUUCAACAUCCCGCGCAAGAGUCGUUUCGAGAUCAAGUCCAUGGCAGGCAACAUCAUCCCUGCGAUCGCCACGACCAACGCCAUCACGGCCGGUGUCGUCGUAAUGCACGCUUUCCGCGUCCUCAAGGGAGAGUUCGAAAAGUGCAAGUCUGUCUACAUGCGCCUCCGGCCAAACGCUCGCAACCAGCUGUUCGUUCCGGAUCGUGCCCUCAACCCGCCGAACCCCAAAUGCUACGUUUGCGCGGCCAAACCCGAAGUUACGCUCAAGGUCGACACCAAGAACGUCACCGUCAAGGAACUCCGCGAUGACAUCCUCAUUAAAACCCUCAACAUGAUCGGCCCGGACGUGACCAUCGACGGCAAGGGCACCAUCGUCAUCUCCUCCGAAGAGGGCGAAACCGACUGCAACAACGACAAAAAACUCGAAGAGCUGCAAAUCGUCGACGGGUGCAUCCUCAAGGUGGACGACUUUGUCCAAAACUACGAACUCACCGUAACCAUCGUCCACAAGGACCCGGCCCGGGACGAACCCUCCUUCGACAUCGUCGCCGACCCCGAAUCGCUCAAACCGAAAGAGGACGAACCCGAAGCCCAACCCUCCAAGUCCAACGGAAACUCGAAACCGUCAACCUCAACAGCACCGGCCGCCGACGACGACGACGACAUGUGCAUCGUCGAGGAGGACGGAGAGAAGCCGGCAGCUGGGUCGGACGAAGCGGAAGCGGGCCCCAGUGGAACGAGCAGUGGUCCCGAGAAGCGCAAAAACGACGACACGGAGGGACCAUCGACGAAGAAGGCACGCGUUGAGGAGAAAGAGGGCGAGGACGACGACGACGAUUUGAUCGUUAUCAACUAGGAGGCGGAGCGGGGGAUCCGGUAAGCGUAAAUUGCUUCUUUUUGAUGUCACUCUUGGAACACGUGCAAACGCAGGUUGGGCCAAGUUUGGACCCUCAUAAUAAAUGUAUCUCGAGUGCGAGUAAUCCAUUCCAG